AUGGCACUGCUUCACUCGCAGGGCGAAGCCCUGAGGAGCUGUAUCGCUGAGGUUGCUAACCUAGGAAGGCGUGUAGAGCAGCUGGCCCUUGGAAGAGGGCAACCUACUCACGAAGUAGGUGCGGGUGGCAGUGUUGGUAAGCUGACCGAUGCAAGUAGCAAUUUUGGUGCCAGAGUUGCACCACCACAUGGACAGAACUUUUAUGGGACUCCUGCCCGGGCGAAGCCCGAAAAGGAGGAACAGGACGUUUUUACAAAGUCAGAAAAAUGGUUGCCAGCACUUCCAAGUCCUCAAUAUGACGGCUGGAAGAACCGCGAGCAAGAGAUUCUUGGUUUCAAUGAGUACCUGACUACCUUGAAGGGUUGGGUUGCUCUGGGCAGUGACACUUUUCCCAUCGAGAUUGAGCAAGCCAUUAAGUGGCCUCAUGAGAUUUUUCAAGCGAGUCUCACCAAACCUCAAGCUCAGAGGAGCAAUAGGCUUCUCGCCAUCUUGCGUCAAGCUUUUGCUGGCCACGCUAGAGCGGACAUGAUUUUGCGUUCCUACAUCGAAGGGGCCGCGUACGGAGAGAAUCUCCAGCGCAGUUCAGGGGACACGUGCGGCUUUGAAGCUUUGCGGCUCCUAGGCCAUGAGUUUUCCUUGCGCUCUCGUGCUGAAGCCAGCUAUUUUCGCGCAGAGUUUAUCAAGCGCAGUUUUCGUGGAGAGUCUGCUGCUACUCAUGCUAAAGCGAAGCCUUCUUCUGAGACCAGCAGUCAAAGCGGUGGCAAAGCUACUGAGACGAACAGCGCUGGCAAAGGGAGUGGUAAAGGCCCCAAGGGCCAUGGCAAAGGCAAAGGCCCGAAAGGCCGUGGCCGUUCUGGUAAAGGUGGCAAGAAGGGCAAAAUGCAUGAGCUGACGGAAGACGUUGAAGGUGAAGAGGUUGCUGACGAUGCUGGGAUUUACGAGGCUGGUGACUACGAGGCGGAGGAAGCAGCUGAAGCAAACAGUUUGCUUGUGAUGCCUGUCCUCUUGGAUGAAGAAAGUGUCCAGGUUGACACAGAUGACAGCUGGUCGUGGUGGCUGCUAGAUUCUGGUGCAUCCGUCACAGUGAUGGAACCGCUGACGAGUUUGAAGUUGCUUCGAGCGGUGCUGCAGCUCAGCCUGCUUCAAGCGGUGCUGUGGCUGAAGCUGCCAAACGACGUGAUGAGCGAGCAAAAGCAGCUGUCUAGCGACAAGGAACCACCUGCUGAGCAAGUGGGUCCUUCGAUUGCUCCUGCUCCUAGCGAUCCGGUACGAGAUGCUGCUCAGCCAGAUUGGUUGAGUGAUUUUGACCCAUCAGACUGGUUUGACGAGUCUGGGAAUUUGAAAGACGCGGAGACGACUACGGUGCCUAGCACUGAGGUUUCUCCACCAGCUCAGCCAGUGCGUAGGUUGAAAGUAAAGACCUCACCUGCUGAAUUGGUCGGGAAAGGUCAAAAGCGGCCUGCUGAGGACGCGCCUGACUCUAGUGCAGGGAGUGGCGAACCUCUCACUCUUCCAGUUCCUACGAUGCCAGACUUUGAUAUGGCUAGUGAGGAGCCUCUCAGUGUGCCUAUGGAGGUGGACAGUCUGCUGGACAUAUCCACUAUGAUAGACAGCUCUGACGGGUUGACUGGACCUGAGCUUCUGGACCCUAACGUGUUUCAAGUUUCCGGAGUCUUGUUUGAGAGUUCUACUCAAGUGCAAAGCAAGACCAUCAAGUUUUGUGGCUCCAAGCUAAAAGUUUGGAAGCCUUCUGCUGCUGUUUCGGAUGUGACUAUGGCGCAUCUGGAUGGCGAAGCAACUUUUAUAGGUAUGCUCAAAGAACUCGCAGGACUGGACGGCUGUAAAGCUGGAAAGCCGAUGAGCAAGGAGCAGGCUGAAGCCUAUUGUACAGAACAUGGCAUUUCCGUUUUGGCCUCUCGUUGGGUGACCAAUGAGAAACAG